UGUUAAUUAGUAGAUAAGGUUGAGUGCGCAAGCGCAAAACGGAAUUUACAACAUGGCGGAACGCAGGAAAAGCAGGAAGCGCAAAGAUGAAGUGUCAAAUAUAGACAAUGAAGUUAUUCAAGACAACCCAUCUAAAGACGAAUAUGUAGUGGCUAGAUGGAUUCGUAACAAUGUACCAUCGAAGAAAACAAAAUUUUACAGGAGCCACAAUGUCGAGUACUUCACUGGCACUCGUGCCGUGGAUGCUCUGUUGGAGAACUCGCCAUGGAGCAAAUCUAAGUUUGAAACACGCGAACAGGUCACAGAAUUCCUUGAUUUGAUGUUACAACAUAAAUUCUUUCAUAGAGCAAAAAAAGUAGUGAUUUCUGAAGAAGAGUUGUGUAAGAUACGUGGAAUAAAGAAAAAAGUUAAAGAGGUUAAAAAAGAAAAGAAACCUAAUGAAAAAGAGAAGGAUGAGUCGUCCAAAGAAAGUAAAGAUGCAACAGGUGGAAAAGAUACAGAAGACAAAAGUGAGGAGAAAAAGAAAAAACCAAAAGUACGUUUGGAAAUGCACAUGGAACAGUAUUUUGUUGACUGUAACGAUGCUUAUGUUUGGAUAUAUGAGCCAAUCCAAGUCUACUACUGGUUCUUUGGAACACUUGUAGUAUUAGGUGCAAUUGGUCUCUGUCUCUUUCCAUUAUGGCCAUCAACAAUCCGUCUUGGUGUAUAUUAUAUAAGUGUUGCAGCUGCUGGUUUACUCAUAUUCAUUUUGGCAUUAGCAAUUAUUAGAUUAAUUGUGUUCUGUCUUCUUUGGGUUCCAACACUCGGCAGAUGUCACCUCUGGCUUUUCCCUAAUUUGACAGCAGAUGUUGGAUUCUUCGCUUCGUUUUGGCCCCUUUAUCAGUACGAUUACUAUGGUUCUACAUCAGACUCUGAUAAAAAACUUAAUAAAAAGAAAAGAAAGAAGGAAAAAGAUUUCGAUUCUGACGAGGCAACAUCGACUAAUUCAGAAGACAAACUUAGUACAAAAGAAUUACAUACAGAAUAUACUCAAAAUGAAGAAAUUUCAUCUACUGACGAUAAAAAGCUUCCUUUGUCCGAGUCUGCAGACCGCGAAGAAGGUAGUGAAAGUUCAGAAAGUGAAAAAUCUAAUACAGGUCGGGAUUUUGUGAUGCUUUAGAACAGGAACAUUUGGCAAUAAAUAGAUUUUCUUCAUUUCGAAUAACUACCGUGUCAAUCAAUGGUUAAUUCUUGUCUAUUCUGAUAAAAUAUUAUCUAGAUUCGUACAGAUAAGUUAAGCAUUUAUAUGCUACUGUUAAACUCUUGAAACAUGUACGAUUUGUUUCGUGUAAAAAUAUGCAGGAUUUUAAUAUCGCUCAAUCAUGACGGAAACGAGGAAGCGGUACAUUAAUUUAGCAAACUCUUGAAAUUAAGCAAACUCUUUGCUUAUUGCCAAUACAAAUAUCUUUGCAUUUCUUGCAUUUAGAACGCUAUAGUCAACUAAAAAAGAUGGUAUCUAUAUUUUACAGAAAUGAAAUCUUUGUAAACUGUGGUAUAAAGCUACCAACUUUGAGAUUCCAGACGAACGUGUAUUUUUAUUUAACUGAUUAAUAAUCAACGUUUACUUAGAUAUUUACACGAUAUUCAUAAGAAUUGUUUUGUGAAAACAUAAUUACGUUAAUACAGGUGCCUGAGAUUUUCCUGCAUCAAUUGCAAGCUGUUUUUAACGUUUUACAUUGUACAAUAUUGUAUUUCACCACAACUACUAUGAAAUUUCAGUAAUAUGGUUUUCUCAGGUUUCAUAAAUGUACAGAACUGGACAAAUAGAAUCUCCUUAAAUAAGACUACAAUUAUUUCUACCAAUUGUUAUUUUGUCUACGAGUUUCUUUUUAGUAGGACUGAACUUGAUAUUUCACCGAUCGAAUACAACAAAUUGUAAUGUAUAUUUUUAUGUAAACUUGUCAACGAUAAUAAUUAUCAUUGUAAUUAUUAUUUUUAUAUCGAUAUCAUUAUCACGCAAUAUUAUUUUAAUCUUUACAAGCACGUUAAAUACUGAAAGACAUUCGUAUGGUUUUUUUACCAUUUAUCGAACGGUAUGCAUAAAUAUUUAUAAAACUUGCAAAUGUAGUUAAGAAGUUUAUGACUGUAGGAAGUGCAGUAAGGUGUUUAAGGUUAUAAAUUACAAUCAGACAUAUGAUUAUUUUCUAUUAACACUGAGUUAUAAGUAUACAUAUAACAAGAUUCGACUUAACUCGCUAAUAUUAAGCAAAAUAUUAUUUUGUCGCAUUCUAUGGAACUUAUUCUAAGUUCUUCCUUGCCUCCUGAUUCGUGUUCGUAUAGGGCGUUGAUUUGAAAACUUUUCAGCCAAAUAACUCGAAAUGUACGGAAGAUAUAAAAAAAAAGUGUAAAACACAUUUUUAAGGAUUUCGAAGGAGAAAAAGAGCGACAGUAUCAGUUUUUUUUUUAUUUUGUUUGGAAGGUCAGUUAGAUGUCAACUUUGUUUUUUUUUUUAAAUGGAAUAUAAAAUGAUAAAAAAAACGAACCCUUUGACCUACGAUUGACUGUAGGAUCGUGAAUGGCAUAAUGAGUAUGUAAAAUUCCUUGCGCCUUUUCAUACGACGUGUCUGGCUCGUGUUUUUCAUGUUCGACUCAAAUUCUGAAUAACUCUUCACAAGGUCACCUUAAGAUCAAUAUAUUAUACAUGUUUAAGUUCGUCUUUUCAUCUAUCUUCUAUAUUAUAAGAAUGAAGCCCUGACUAAUUACAAUCAACGUCCAGGCAACCCACCCUUGAACCUAGAAAGCUGACAUUUUGCACAGAGGUUUCCUUUAUGAUGUAUACAAGAAAUAAGAAAGGAUAUUUCGAAAUUCAACCCCUAAGGGAAUAAAAAGGGGUUGCAGCGUUAGUAUUCCACGCGGGUGAAACCGCGGACCACAGCUAGUCAGCUAUAAGAAAUACAGUAAUGAAAAUACCUCAUCCCGUUAAAAAAAAAAAUAAAGUUGACCUCCAAGUGACCCUCCAUACGCCACCCAAAUAAAAAACUGACACUGUCCUCCUCGAAAUCCUUGAAAAUGUGUUUUACACUUUUUUAAUAUCUUCCGUACUUUUCGAGUUAUCGGCGGGAAAGUUUUCAAAUGAACAGCCUUAUAUUAAUCGAGUAUUCGACGCUGAUAGAAAUCCCGUAUUCCUAUUUUGUCCUCACCUUUACUUGGUAUAAUCUUUUCGGUACUAUCGGUAAUUUUAAUCGACAUUUAGAAAUAAUUCAUAACGGCCGAUUGACGUCAGAGAUCAUAGCGAAUGCACGAGAUCAUUGACGUCUCGACCACUGGGAUUACUUCGUGAACCAGUAUCGAAAAGCUUAGACAAACAUUUUUCAAAGCUUUUGUUCCUCUAUUUUAUAAAAAAAAUAAAGCUUGGAAAAAUUUGGCUUAUGUAUCCGAAAUAUGGUUUUAGUAUUUGAGUUUGAGCAUUUAUUGUUAUUUAUUGUAUGUAUUUCUUUUUGUAUUUUUAGAACAUUUAUAUUAUAAUUAUAUUUACAUUGA